AUGGUGUCGUCUGCUGCACUGAGCAUCGAAGCUUCGGUGCGAGAAGACAAGUUCUCGGCCAUGGACACAAGUGACGACCUUAAGUCUCGUUGGUUCAAGCCUCGCCAACUGCUGCAGACUGUGCAGUACUCCACGUUCUGGUCGCAUCGGUGGCUCGGCUGGGCUUUCGUCUACGUCACAGUUCUGUUCUUCUUCUUCAUCGACCGCUGUGUCGGACUAUCAGCGCUCAUCGCGAUGUACGGGACUGACCAGGAUCACACGGUGGGAGUGCAGCUUGGUGCAUUGGGUCUCGGUAUGCUGGAAGACUUGAUCUGUGCCACGUACCUCGUCGCAGUCCUGUGGUUCAUCGACUUCAUCUUGAACCAAACACUUGGCGCUUCUUCCGACAGUAUGACGCUCCAGACGUUCAUCAAGUGGAAGCGACAACGCAUUAUUCGUCGUGUGGUGACGUUCGUGACCUCGUGGCUGCUGUUCGUGGCCACUGCAGCUCCGUUCGUUGCAGAUACCAUGCUGGUCCGUCUUCGCAGUAUGCGCUUCACCUUCGAGAUCGUGUCGAUGGCUAUCGCAGAGAGCGACAUGGUCAGUAGUGUAGCCAUCUCUGACUCCGAGUACAACGAGGCGUACAUCACCGGCACAAUCCUCACUUUGAUUGCUGCGUUCUUCGCUUCAGUCCGCACAUGGACGUCAUGGGCUGAUCUUACACGCUGGAACCCGUCAUAUCCUGUCCUACACCUCGUGAGGAGAAUCUCUUUGCGAUUCAAAAAGGACGACGAACUCUGGACACCCAAAGAGAAACUACAACACGAUUCCUCGUCUUCUAGCGACAGCUACGACGACGUGAAUGAAAUGUUACUGGAGAAUGGGAAAUUAGUUCAAUACGUACACACCACCACACCAAAUCGCAGCUACAGUCUCAGCAACGAAGCUUCUGAUCGUUCAGAUAGCGAUGUCAGUGGGCGAUCUACGCUAUGUGAACGCAUCGUGCUGUGGUUUCACAGCGUAGAUUGGCUACGACUGAGUGUCGAGGUUCUAGUGGCUCUUGUAGCGCUAGUAUUCCUUCCCGUAGCCAUUUUGGCGGUCGCUCAAGCGUCUUCCCCACUCAUAGCCAAUGUCGCAAUGGAUACAACAAUCAACGAAUUGUUCGUACGAGCGCUGAAAGUGACGGAAAUCGGGUUUGUGCCUUUAGUCGCUGACGGCACAAUCGAGGACGCCUCCGUGUACAUCCACCCAACCGAAAACUACUCGCACCGUGCUAAUGAUUCACUCUACCGCUUAACCACCGGAUUCAACGGAGAUCUGGCAUUCAACGUGAGUGUAGACGACACUAAUCCACCCAACGUCGUCGUUCUCGUAGUGGAAUCGUUCCGGUUCCACGACUCGCGCUACUUGGUCGGAGAGGAGGAUCCGUCUAAGCUUUUCAAAGGCUGGAAUGGUACAGUCGUCCCAAAUUUUGAUAAAUGGGCAAAGCGUGGCGUGGCCUUCUCCAAUCUCUGGUCCAGUUGGAAGACCAGUCGAUCACUAGCAAGUGUGUUAUUCGCACAGAUCCCGUACGACUCCACACAAACAACCGAUACGCUUGGAGGUAGAGCGGAUGUCGAACUCGCUGGGAUGCCCCAAUUUUUCAAGAAAAAAGGGUACGAGACCUUUUUCACGACUGGGACGGAUACUUCGUACGAUGACUGGGACGUGUUCAUUCCUGCUCAUGGCUUUGAUUCUCUAUGGGAUCAGGACGAGAUGAUGAAGUAUGGAGAGAGCGAUAUGGGUAUUUCGUCGGAGGAUUGGGAAGGAAGAGCUCAUCGAAAGUUUCGCUGGGGAGUGCACGACGACGUGAGUUUUGAAAUUUUGGGUAAUUUACUCAUCAACAAGACACAAGAACGAACCGUAGAGAGCAGGCCGCUUUUCCUCACGCACUACACCAUUUCGAGUCACGUAGAGUAUGAAGCUCGCCCUACAUGGUACGCCGAGUCAGAUAAGCCAAAUUUCUCUGCCCUGUACGUCAACGAAAAACACGCUGAAAACGUCAAAAACUACCUAGAAAUGCGGUAUUUUACGGACAUGGAACUCGGGAAAUUCUUGGGUCGCAUGGAGACUGUAGGUGUACUCAACAACACCAUCAUUUUGAUUGUCGGAGAUCAUGGCCAAGCCCCGGAAUUCGGUAAUGACACCCCAGAGAAACGUGAUGUUUCCUGUACGCACGUCGCUGGUGCUCUCAUCGCUGAAGGAAGACUCGGUGACUACGUUGGACUCAAGAUCGAAGACGCUGCUGAGCAGUACGACAUGCUCAACACUCUAGCAGAUAUCACGGGUGUACCAGUAGACGGAUUCGAGCAAGACGGUAUUGGUCGGUCUCUCAAACGCAAUGUCACCUUUGGGGGACGCGUAGUGUACAGCAACAACCCGGCAGUCAAAAACUCGGUCGUUCGCGGUCAUGAACGUCUGCGUUAUGAUCGAAGCACGGACUCUGUACUUCUCCACAAUUCUUUGACCGAUCACGACAUGAAAACCGACUUGUUCCCUGCUCUCUCAACCGAAAAGAAGAACGACUGGCGAUACUGGCGCGAUAAGGGACGGGCAGUCACUGCGUAUUAUAAGAAACGCUGGGAGGACAAGUGUCUGCUGUGCUGAAAAGGUUAAUGGUACCGGUGCAUUAUACGUCUGG